AUGAUGAGCAGAAAAGCACAAAGAAACCCCACAUUAUACUUGGCAGCUCUAAUAGCAACGUCAGCAGUGGCCAUAUCUUACAAAGUGUACGACUCAUAUAUUAAAUCGUCAUCAUCAUCAUCAUCGUCAUCAUCACAACAAGAGUCCAAAGGUAAGACGUCGUUAUCAACUACUAAAUCGUUCACCAUAUCUAAAAAGUACCUCAACAAGUCAAUUGCAAUCACACUUUCAUCAUCAUUCCUAUCGUCACAAUUGCCGCUUAAUGACAUACUUACUACACAAGAGAAUAUGAUUUUCAUUAUUCCACCAAAUUUGAAUGAAGAUGACUUGAAUUUGAAAAUACCACCAAAUUUUAAGCUAUUAAAGUGUUCGAAUGUACAAGGGUAUUUACAAAUAUUGAAAAAUCUAAAACCAGAUUGUUUAUUAUUGUGCAGUGAUGAUUUAGGUAUCAAUUAUAGCAACUUAUCGCUGGAUUUGCGUAAUUUCAUUAGAACAAUCAUCAAUGUUGAACAAGAUGAGGAUUUGUUGGUACAGGUUAGACCAGUUUUUAGUUAG